AUGUCUAAUUCAUUGGAGGUUAUUCCGAAGAUACUAGAACAAUCAUUAAAUCCUCAAUUCUCGAAUCAAGCAGAAAAAGAAUUAAGAUCCAUUGAAAAUGAUCCAGGUUUUUCAAUAAAUCUAUUACAUAUUAUAGCAUCAACAAAUUUAUCAUUACCCAUAAGAUUAGCAGGAGCAUUAUAUUUUAAAAAUCUUAUAAGAAGAAAAUGGUUAAAUGAGGAUGGGAAUUAUUUAUUACCUAUACAAGAUGUAGAAAAAAUAAAAUAUGAGAUCAUUGAUGUAAUGAUAAAAUUACCAAAUCAAUUACAAAUUCAAAUUGGUGAAUCAAUAACCUUAAUUGCCGAAAGUGAUUUCCCACAAAAUUGGCCAAACCUUAUAGAAAUAUUAGUUGGGAAAUUAUCAUUAACUGAUUUUGUGAAUAAUAAAGCAAUUUUACUUGUAUCACAUUCAAUUUUUAGAAAAUGGAGACCAUUAUUUAGAUCUGAUGAAUUAUUUUUGGAAAUUAAAUCAGUAUUGGAUGUAUUUGUUGAACCAUUUUUAAAAUUAUUUAUUGAACUAGAUCAAUUAACUGAUAAACUGAAAGAUAAUGAAGCUCAAUUAAUUAUAUAUUUUGAAAAUUUAUUAUUAUUAAUUCAAAUUUAUUAUGAUUUUAAUUGUCAAGAUAUACCUGAAUUUUUUGAGGAUCAUAUGAAUGAGUUGAUGAGUAUUGUACAUAAAUAUUUGGUAUAUGAUAAUCCCUUAUUGAUCAAAGAGAGUGAAGACGAAGAGGUUGAAGUGUUGAUAAAAGUCAAAACUUCCAUUAUAGAAUUAUUAUCAUUAUAUGUCACAAGAUAUGCAGAUGUCUUCGAACCAUUGAUACAAACCUUUAUAACUUCAGUAUGGGAAUUGAUUAAUAAUUUUGUUACUAAACAACCAAAAUUUGAUUUAUUAGUGGUCAAAGCACUACAAUUUUUAACAUCAAUUAUUAAAAUACCAGCAUAUCAAUCGAUUUUCCAAAGUGAACAAUCAGUUAAUGAAAUUAUAGAGAAAAUUAUAUUACCAAAUAUAAUGUUAAGACAGAUUGACGAAGAAAUGUUUGAAGAUGAGCCUAUACUAUUUGUAAGAUCUGACUUGGAAGGUUCAGAUUUCGAUUCAAGAAGGAAAAGUGCUACUGAUUUUUUAAGAGAAUUAAAAGAGUUAAAUAGUGAGUUACUUACAACAACAGUAAUGAAAUAUGUCAAUCAAUUUUUAAGUCAUGCAAGUCAAGAUUGGAAAAAUAAAGAUACUGCCAUAUAUUUAUUUAGUUCGUUAGCAACAAAGGGGAGUGUAACUAACGUUGGUGUUACAUCAACGAAUGUUUUAGUUGAUGUUGUCAAAUUUUUUUCAGACAAUGUAGCCCAUGACUUGCAAUCAUCUGACGUUCAUCCUAUUUUACAAGUUGAUUCUAUUAAAUAUAUUUUCACUUUCAGAAAUCAGUUAACUAAAGAUCAACUAACAGCCACAAUACCAUUAUUAAUAGAUCAUUUAAAUCCAUCAUCAAAUGUUGUUGUAUACACUUACUCAGCAAUAACUAUUGAAAAAUUAUUAUCAAUGACAAAUUUCAGUCAGGGUCAUCAACCAGUUUUUAACAAGAAAGAUAUCGAACCGUUUGUUACCCCAUUAUUAACAAACUUAUUCAACUUGAUCUUAAAAAAUAGAGAAUCACCAGAAACACUAGCAGAAAACGAAUUUCUUAUUAAAUGUAUAAUGAGAAUAUUAAAUACUUGUGAAGAUAUUUUCACUGAAAGAUUAACUACAAUCGAUCAUUUAUUACAAAUCUUGAAAAUUACUGCCAAAAAUCCAUCAAAUCCCAAGUUUUCUCACUACAUUUACGAAUCACUUGGAUUGUUAAUUAAAUAUGGAAUUCAACAAGACCCAAAAAAUAUCAAUAUGUAUAUAGAACAUAUUAUUCCAGGAUUAUUAAACAUUCUAAGUGAAGAUGUACAAGAAUUUGUUCCAUAUACAUUCCAAAUUCUAGCAUUUUUAUUGGAAAAUUAUCCAAAAUCUCAAGGAUUACCAGAAACUUACAAAACUUUAAUUCAGCCAUUAAUGUCACCCGCUGUAUGGCAAUUUAAAGGUAAUAUUCCAGGUAUUACAAGAUUAUUAAUAUCGAUUUUAGAACAUGAUCCAAAUUAUUUCGUUGAAUCAAACCACUUAACUCCAAUUUUGGGUGUUUUCCAAAAUUUAUUGGCUAGCAAAGCAAAUGAUACUUAUGGAUUUGAUUUAGUUCAAAGUAUAUUAUUAAAUGUUCCAUUACAAUCAUUACAACCAUAUUUAAAUAACAUAGCAAGAAUCAUACUAACAAGAUUACAAAAAUCAAGAACUGAUAAAUUUGUUAAAAGGUUUGUUUUAUUUUUAUUCAAUUUAACAACUAUGAAAUUGAGUAAUAAAAAAUUCAACAAUACUGAUGCAGUAAGCGGAGGAGAUUUCAUAAUACAAUUAAUUGACUCUGUUCAACCUGGAUUGUUCCAACAAAUAUAUACUACAUUUAUAUUACCAACUUCUUCAAUAUUAGCAAAUUUACAAGAUAAAAAAAUUGUAAAUAUUGGAAUAAGUUUAUUAUUAAAAAAUCAAAAUUUUGUAUCCCACUACUCAAAUUUAGUAAAACCAACUAUUGAAACAUUGGAAAAAAAUUUACAAUCUUAUGAAGGUAUUGUAAAAUCAACAUCAAGUGCAACAUCAUCUGCAGGUUCUACAUCUACUUCAACAUCAGCAUUUCCUACACAUAACAAUAUUAAUGAACUAGAUUCUGACAUUUCAUCAUUUGGAUCGAAUUAUUCAAAAAUUGUAUCAAUAACUAAUCCUUCAUUCGAUCCACUAUCACAAAUCAAGAAUAAUGAUUUUGAAGCAAUAAAGUCAACUAUAUUAUCUAACAUUCCACGUUAA